AUGACUGUUUUAGCGCAUCUUAAGUUUGAAGCAAUAUUUCUUGUUCUCGGAAUAUUGUUAUUAUGCCAUUUUGCUUCGGCUCAACGGACAAAAAUAUUAACGCAUAAUGCUUUUCCUGAGUACAAAAUUAAGUUGAAAGAACCGCGUCUUUGUGAUAAAACUGUUCAACAGUAUUCAGGAUAUCUUGAUGUUAGUAGCACUAAACAUCUAUUCUUUUGGUUUUUCGAAUCGAGAAAUAAACCUCAUGAAGAUCCGAUCGUUCUUUGGCUUAACGGUGGCCCAGG